GCGCUCUUAAAUUGCGCGGUUACCAAUUUCCAAAUGAAAGAACAGAUGAUCCCGAGCGAGGCAGUGGUUGCUGUGCUUGACAAAAACACCGGUGAUCAGAGGAGCUUUCUCUUGAAGAUGGUCCAUAUUGUUGCUGUAGGACUCUCUUUGCUAGUGAUCUGGCUUGCUCAGCCUGGAUCAAGUAAGUUUGUUUAAAUAUUGUUUAAUCGUGAAGCCUUCUUAGACCUCUUUAGCUUAAAUGUUUUGUUUUCUUCUUGAUCGAAGGUCUCAAGGGGAAUUUCGUUCUUUGUAUUUUGUAAAUUACGCCUACAUAUACAUGCACGUGAAUAAGAGGAAAUUUGAAAGAAACAGUGCUCUAGUAUUAUCACAUGACCUACCUUCGGAAGGCUGAACAUACGAACUAAAGAGCUUCAUUUGGCGAAAGCUCAGUGUUACAUAAUGAAGACUAAGUUAUCCCUAACAAUAUGUUCAUCAUUACUAGUACUUCAUUGUUGCUUUCAAUGAUCCAUCGUCCAGUUGUGCUUUCUUGAUAGUUAACACAUAAAAAUUUUUUGCUACAAUAUGUUGAUUAAUGUUACAAGUACAUCUAUCCGUGAUUUUUUUCAUUACUCAGGUCUGUUUUCGUGGCAUCCAACUCUGAUGGCCUUGGGUGUAAGUAAAAUCUGAUCCGUAGUUGAAAGCUCGCUCGGUAUCUUAGAGACAUUUUCAUAACAAAUAUUUUUGCCUUAUUUGCACUCAAAAGCGCUUAUUUAUUCUCCUGUGCUGAUUCUGCUGUGUUGAAGCUUGAAAAGUUAUAAAUAAUGAGGCAAUCGAAACAGUUUUUCCUUGUAUUCGUACUGCUUAAGAAAGUGAGGGAGAAGGGGGGGGGAGGGGGGGGGAGAGAGAGUGCUUGUUUGAUAUUUGACCAAGGGGGUAGGAGCCUAUAUAGGGAGGGUGCCUAUUAGAAUCUUGGUGCUUAUUCAAGGAAAUACAAUAAUCAUAUUAAAAUUCUAAUAUAAUUAUUGUGCUCAUACAUUGGCAAAUUUCCUUGAAUCAUUAGAUAGCCUUGAGUAGUUUUUCUAACUGCAGACUUUUUUAAUGUAGUUCAGUUUCCUGAUGAUUGAAGCGAUCCUGAUGUUUUCACCUCAAAGUUCUCUCAUUGCCUCAGCUCCUCGUGCCACUAAGGUCAAACUACAUUGGAUACUUCAAACCUCAGCUGUAGUCGCUGCCGUGGGUGGCUUUGCUGCCAUCUACUAUAACAAAAAUAUUCACAACAAGCUUCACUUUCAAAGCUGGCAUGGAUGCCUGGGGUUAUGCACUGUGAUUCUCAUCUGUCUCCAAUCUCUUCAAGGUGUUGGAGUUUUGUACUCCAAGCUACCACUUGCCAGUAUGAUGAAGCCUAAACAAUUGAAACAACUUCAUGCCAUGUGUGGUUCACUAGUGUAUCUUGUUGCCUGUAUCACUCUUUGCCUGGGUUUUUAUUCAAACUGGUUUGUGAAGAACACCAACAUCUAUGUCCAGGGGGGGAGUGUAAUGUCAGCUAUAUGUCUGGGCAGUAUUGUGAUAGGGCAAGUUUAUACAGAGUAUGGCUUAAAGAGACGUCCAGGAACAUAA